CUGAGUGACCUGUGCCACUCACUCUCGCACGCCAUACGCCACGAGCUCCCCUCCGGCCCACUGUGUCUCAUGAUCCAUCACUGCGACCGCGACCAGCCGCACAGCCACGUGACGAUCAUGCGCAGCACGACGGUCACCCUCAAACCACCCGACGUGCCGCCCACACACACCCUGACGUCUGCGACGGUCCACGCCGUGAUGCUGCACAUCAAGACCAACAACCCCUCGAUGCAGCUGCCCGUGGCGUCCAAGAUCGUCAAGCUCUGUGUGGCCAUGGCCUCAGACGGGUUGGGCCGUGGAUUCGUUUCGUUGCAGGUAGGUGUGCCAGUCAGUCACGUGGUGUGUAUCUUGUGUGAGUGUAUCUUCUGUGUGUGUGUGUCUCUUGUCAGCGAGGCGAGGACAUGAUGCUCAGGGUGGGUUGCGGCCCGACCGACUCACGCUGGUACUUGGCCGACAUCGAGACGAAGGUGGCGGAUGACAUUGAGCUGUGGGCCAUCCGCUGAGCACAGCAAGACAGACAGACAGACAUCGAUCGCAUGUGAUGGGUGCGACACGACUUGUUCAUGAUGCGUGUCUGUUCAUGGACUGAAAGUUUGGAUGAAGGAGUUGAUCGACCG